CCUGGGCCGGGCUGAUGAGCUGCAGCUCGCGCUCCGGGUCAGACCCUAGCUCCCCUCCGCGUCCCGUCCCGACCGUCCCCAGGCCAGGACCGCUGUUGUCCACAGGCGCCCAGUACCCCUCCCCGCCACCCGUCGGCCAGAGACCCCGGCCCAGUUUUAAUUCCCUUGUCCACUUCUCCUGCCCCUUGGCCACCACCCCAGAAGGCUGGAGCAGGGACGUCGUUGCUCCGGCCGCCUGCUCCCUUCGGGUCCCCGUGCGAGCCCACGCCGGCCCCGGCGCCCACCUGCAGCCCUGCCCCUGGACACCGGAUAAGGCCCAGCGCACAGACUCCCGGGUGGACAGCAUGGAUCGCGGCACGUUCCCCCUGGUCACUGCCCUGCUGCUGGCCGUCUGCAGUCUUGGUCCCACAAUUCUUGCAGAAAGUGUCCCUUGUGACCUACAGCCUGUGGACCCCCGGAGGGGUGAGGUGACAUACACCACCAGCCAGGUGUCCGAGGGCUGCGUGGCUCCGGCUCCCAAGGCUCUUCUUGAAGUCCACGUCCUCUUCAUGGAGUUCCCAAACGAGGUGGCAAGGCUGGAGCUGACCCUCCAGGCACCCACGCAAAAUGGCACGUGGCAUCGAGACGUGCUUCUGGUCCUCGUGGUGAACAAGACUGUCUUCCUGCAACUCCAGGCUCUGGGAAUCCCACUCCACUUGGCCUACAACCCCAAACUGGUCAUCUUCCAAGAUUCCCCGGGAGCCAACUUCACCCAGCUGCCACCCUUUACCUCCAAGAGCCAGAUCCUUGACUGGGCAGCUACAAAGGGCCCCAUCACCUCAUUUGCGGCGCUGGACAACCCCAGCAGCAUCCUGCUCCGGCUGGGCCAAGAUGAGGAAACCGCCGCCCCAGGUCCUGCACAGGGUGGCUCAGAAGCCCCAGAGUCACCGUCCUUCUGCAUGCCCGAAGCCGGCCAGGACAUGGGUCGCACACUGGAAUGGCAGCCGAGGGCCCCCGCCUCAGUCAGGGGCUGCCACUUGGAAGGCGUGCCCGGCCACAAGGAGGCGCACAUCCUGAGGGUGCUGCCGGGCCCCAGAGCUGGGCCCCGAACCGUGACAGUGAAGGUGGAACUGAGCUGCACAUCCGGAGAUCCCGACGCCAUCCUCAUCCUGCAGGGCCCACCCUACGUGUCGUGGCUCAUUGACGCCAACCACAACAUGCAGAUCUGGACCACUGGUGAAUACUCCUUCAAGAUCUUUCCGGAGAAGAACAUUCGCGGCUUUGUGCUCCCAGACACGCCCCAGGGCCUGCUGGGAGAGGCCCGGACGCUCAACGCCAGCAUCGUGGCCUCCUUUGUAGAGCUCCCGCUGGCCAGCGUAGUCUCGCUGCGGGCCCCCAGCUGCGGUGGUGGACUACAGACUUCACCUGCACCCGUGCCGACCACCCCUCCCAGGGACAGCUGCAGCCCAGAGCUGCUCCUGUCCCUGAUCCAGCCCAAGUGCGCCAAUGAUGUCAUGACUCUGGUACUGAAGAAAGAUCUGGUGGAGGCUCUGAAGUGCACCAUCACCGGCCUGACCUUCUGGGACCCCAGCUGCCAGGCCGAGGACAGCACUGAUCAGCUCAUCUUGCGCAGCACCUACUCCAGCUGUGGCAUGGAGGUGACCACACACAUGAUCAGCAAUGAGGUGGUUAUCAACUUCCUGUCAGGCUUAUCACCACUGCGGAAAAAGGUGCAGUGCAUCAACACCGACAGCCUCUCCUUCCGGCUGGGCCUCUACCUCAGCCCGCACUUCCUUCAGGCCUCCAGCACCAUCGAGCUAGGGCAGCAGGGCUUUGUGCAGGUGAGCAUGUCCCCAUCGAUGCCUGAGGUUGUGCUUCAGCUAGACAGCUGCCACCUGGAUUUGGGGCCUGAGGCGGACGCCGUGGAACUCAUCCAGGGCCGGGCAGCCAAGGGCAGCUGUGUGAGCCUGCUGUCCCCAAGCCCUGAGGGUGACCUACGCUUCAGCUUCCUCCUCCGCGUCUACAUGGUGCCCACGCCCACGGCUGGCACCCUCAGUUGCACUGUGGCCCUGCGUCCCAGGACCUGGUCCCAGGAAGUCCACAAGGCUGUCUCCAUGCGCCUGAGCAUCGUCAGCCCUGAUCUGUCUGGCAAAGGCCUGGUCCUGCCCGCCGUGCUGGGCAUCACCUUCGGCGCCUUCCUCAUCGGGGCCCUGCUCACCGCGGCGCUCUGGUACAUCUACUCGCACACGCGUCCCCCCGGCAAGCGGGAGCCCGUGGUGGCGGUGGCUGCCCCGGCCUCCUCUGAGAGCAGCAGCACCAACCACAGCAUCGGGAGCACCCAGAGCACCCCCUGCUCCACCAGCAGCAUGGCGUAGCACCCGGCCCGGAGCCCCGGGGGCCCCCAGCCAGCCCUCACCCAGCCGGAGAGACUGAGCAGCCAGGAACUCUGCCCGGGACCCCAGUGCCUCCACUCAGGCGAGGACGGAGCAUGCUCUCUGCACCCGCCCUGCCCGCCUCCCGCUCCGAGGCCUGCUGCCAGUGGGAGCACCAACCUGGAACAUCUGGGGGUCCCCCCACCCCACUCCACAGAACCUCCAAACCCAGGGGCCGUGGGACAGAGCUGCGCAGGACCACAGAGAGAAAGACCACUGCCUCCUACGUCCACACUGCUGUUGGAAACUCAAGUCCCUGCCACUUGACCCGGAUGCUGCACUGGCGAACGUGCUGGGUGGCCCAGCUGCCCAGGCCGACGCGCCUCCUCCAUGGGAGGAAGAGGGCCCAGCCAGAGCCACCUUGACCUGGUUCCUGUGGCCUCACACCUGAACUGGUACAACUUUGGUGGGGAAACAAGCCAAGGGGCACUCAGUCUGGGAGCCCAGAAGGCGCAAGAACCGUGGGGUGAGGGAGCCUGGUUCCCCGACCCCUGACACGUGGAGACCCCUCCGAGCCACUGGGCAGGCAGCAGGUGGAGAGUGGCCAGGCUGCUGGUCCUGGGCUCACCCCUGUAUAUUCACCAUCAAUAAAUCAGACACGAAACCCAUGCUGGGCUGGCUGGGCCGAGGGGAGGGGCCUCUAGAACAGCAGGGGCAUGGUCAGCAUAGAGCAGCGCUGCCCGCUAGGAUGGCAUCUUGAGCAGCGGCAGGUGGCCAGGGCACAGCAGCUUUGAUUGAACUAGUCCCCUCUGCUGCUCACAGUCCUGGGACUGAGGCUGUGAGAAGCCAGACACCAGGAGGCGCUGUGCACCUUGCUCUGGGGCUCUCGGUUCCCAUCCUGGACCUGCUGCUCACUGGCUGUGUGACUGUGGGUCUCCCAUGGUUUCAGGAAGCUAAAGUGGGUGCACCUCUCAAUUCAUAUGGCCUGGGACAUCAGUCCAGGCUUCUCGUCACAGACAGGCCACCUGAGGCUCAGGCAGGGAAGCCUGGGCUCCCUCUACACAAUCCGGUUCCUGCACCAGCUGCAGCCCCAGCCCUCUGUUGUCUGAUAAGGUAACUAGAAGAGCCCAUCCAUUGUUUUUCCAUUUAAAAAAGGGCUUUAAUUCACUCCAGCCGUGCUCUUUCCCAGGGUGCUCAAGGCAAGGGCUCUCCUUCCCCAGAGGCCCUGGGAGAAGGGAAUCUAUCGCCCAGCCCCAGGCAGUUCCCUAAGCACGGCCAGGCAGCUCACUCAAUGAGCUGGGUCUGAGCCAGGUGGCAGGUGGGGUGGCAGGGGAAGUGGGCUGGGCUGCAGGCCUCCUAAGACAGGCCCCUGGGAAGCCCUGCUGUCCAGGCUGCAAGCAAGGCACAGCCUCAGAGACCGAGGACAUUCUGCAGUCCAACUCCACAGCCUGGGAUAGUCUCAGAAUCAAGAAAGCAGAAAUCAAAAGGCACCUGGUGUAAGUUCAUGGAGCCAAGGCAGGGCAGGCGUGGGAGGCUCCCACCUCCGGCCCCACCACCGUGGCUACUGGGACAAGGAGGGCUCCAGCAGCUUCAGGACACCGCCCACAAGGUGCAGGCUGCCUGUGACCAGCACGUGGACAGCGGCAGCCUCACGCAGUACGCUGGCCCCGCUGCUUGCCAUGGGGUGGGUGAGGAGACCCCUCGGGGGACUAGGAGACUGGAAGACAGGGUCCCGGCCUUGGCUGAUCCACUGCAAGGCGUGGGAGAUGCAGCUGAAGACCAGGGAGCUGGUGCCACAGGGGUGGGGCUGGUGGGGCGCCAGCUGCAGGGGUGCUGGCCCUCGGGGCUCCAGGCUGGAGGGGCUCCAGAGGCCCCGGCUGGCCUGCUCCUCACCCAGGCAGCUCCAGUGCUGCUGGUGCUCCAGGCAGCGCAGCAGCACCUGGUCCAACGUCACCGUGAAGUUCUGCUGGUCUGGGGUGCGGGGACAGGCAUGUCAGUGAGGGGGACAGGGACAGGGAGUGGGGCUGCGACAGGAGGAAGGGGAGAGUACAUGCUGCGCACCUAAGUUUAGCACCAGGCUCGGUACACACGCCACGGCAGCAGACUCUGCUAGUGGUCCCCACAGCGAGGGACCUGCGGCCAGGCCAGCUCAACCAACUUUCUAGGGCUGGGAGCCGGCCAGAAGCUUUGCCCUCAGCUCCAUCUCUCCCCCCACCUCGCGACCCUCCUCAGUAAUGAAUGUCCAGGAGGGCCUAAGUAUUUCUGGGGAAGCUGGUUAAAAAAUACAGAUUCCAGAACUUUCCCCAGUUUGAUGCAGGGCCUGGAGAUCUGUAUUUUUUACGAUAUUUCAAACUUUUUAAAACCAUAAUGUGCAGUAAAAAAUCAUUCUAAAUGGCAACCCAUUAUUCACAUAUUUAUGUAUAAUCCUAGAACAGACUCUUGGCCAAACUAUCUACCUUUACUUCAUGCGAUGCACACUGAUAUUUUUCUAAUCUACUCUUUUUCAUUUAAAGUAACAAAUAUGGGUUAAGUUGAGGCCCAUUAAAUUAAUUUCAAUAACCGGGGUUGGGGAUGUGGCUCAGUGGUAGAGUGCUUGCCUGGCAUGCAUGAGGCCCUGGGUUCAUUCCCCACCACCACAAAAGGAAAAAGACAUUAAUAACCAUCACACUGGGCAGUAAAACUUGCAUUUUG